UCCAUUCCCGCCUUCUACACUCCGUUCCCAAUCCCGCCUCUCCCAUCUCUCGCUUCUAUCUGCUAUCUCACCCCCACGUUUCGCAGCUUAUCGCACCACCAACAACCAGCCAGACCGCUGCUAAAAAAAAAGAAACGUUUGUCACCGUCAUCGUCUUUCCGUCCAGGCUCAGAAUUCUUCCUUCUCUUUAAGCGACGCUCACAAUUCUCCUGAUCUUUUAUAAAAGCCCUGUACUUUCCCCCACACACACACAUCUGCUUGAUAUAUAUUUUUAAAACUCUUUAUACUAAACAUGAACUACUCCAUUGAUAACGUACUCCCCAACUUCCGUCUUGACGGCCGUUUGGCCAUUCUUACCGGGGGCUCCGGUGGUCUUGCCUCGGUUAUUUCCAGAGCCUUGUUGGCCCAAGGGGCCGAGGUUGCCCUUGUGGAUAUGAACUUGGAACGUACUGUUGCCGCUGCCCGUGAAGUUGUUCUCUGGGGCGAAGAAACCGUAAAGUCGGAAACCCCCCUUGGCAAGGUUUCUGCCUGGGCCUGCAACAUUGGUGACGCUGAAUCUGUAGAAACAACCUUUGCCCAGAUCAAUGAAGAUCAUGGCAAGAUUGCCGACUUGUUGAUCAACACCGCGGGCUACUGUGAAAACUACCCGGCAGAAGAAUACCCAGCCCUCAAUGCUGAGGGGAUCAUGAAGGUCAACGGGUUGGGUGCCUUCUACGUGUCCCAAUCGUUUGCCAGACCGCUCAUUGCCAACAACAAGCCGGGCUCUAUCAUCUUGAUCGGCUCCAUGUCCGGAACCAUUGUCAACGACCCCCAGCCCCAGGCCUUGUACAACAUGUCCAAGGCCGGAGUCAUCCACUUGGCCCGCUCACUUGCCUGUGAAUGGGCCAAGUACAACAUCCGUGUCAAUACUCUUUCCCCAGGCUACAUCCUCACCCCCUUGACCCGUAACGUCAUCUCGGGCCACACAGAAAUGAAGGAUGCCUGGGAGAGUAAGAUCCCCAUGAAGAGAAUGGCCGAGCCCAAGGAAUUCGUUGGUUCCAUCUUGUACCUUGCCUCUGACACCGCCUCCAGUUACACCACUGGCCACAAUUUGGUGGUUGAUGGUGGGUAUGAGUGUUGGUAGGGGCCCGCCCACCGAGAGACACUUUCACCUAGACCUUCAACCUGGCUUGUCCCCUGGUCCCCUGUUACCCCACACAAAAAUAUUUAGAAAGCACAAGGACACACACAGAGCUACUGGUCCAUGCCACCAGUACGACAUCCCACGGAGCCAAUUAAUCACGGGGCUAGCGCCCACAAUCGAGAAGGACCUCUUACUCCGUGGCCCCUGGCCGUCCUCCUUACCUAACGUUUAUAUCUUUUAUACAAAUCCACGAUGUUUUACAGGAACACCACCAUGUAGUCAAAUACCUUGUAACCAUAUACUGGAGCUGUUCAAGUCGAG